UUAAACCAAUCAGCAAGAACCCUAAAACCCCCCGUCGCCAACCUCAAUCCCUCUCUUCAUUCCAGGCGACAUGGAGGCGUCGCCGCCAGAUUUCUCCGAGGACUUCUCCUCCGCCGUGCUCUCCCAGUUCAGCAACUCCACCAACGAGCACCACCUUCACGUCUGCGCUACCAUCGGCGCCAUGUCGCAGGAACUCCGGGAGAAACGCCUCCCCCUCACCCCCAUCACUUACUUCGGCGCCACCUGCUCCUCUCUCGACCGCCUCUCGUCGAGCACCGACUCCUCCGCGUCUAUCCUCGACUCCCUGCUCACGAUUCUGUCCCUCGUCGUCGUCCGAUUACCACCAGCUGUUCUGACAUCCAAGUACAGUUAUCUCUCCGAGCUGCUGAUUAAGAUUCUUGGAGUAAAAUCCGUUGGAGCUGAGGGUGUUGUGCCUGGAUUAAAUUGCGUUUCGCGAUUGCUGAUUCUGAGAGAGAAGGCGGCGUGGGAAGAUGUGGCCGAGCUGUAUGGUGUUCUGAUUGGUUACAUCACUGAGGAUCGCUUCAAGGUAAGGAAACGGUCACAUUCAUGUCUACGUGAUGUAUUGAAAUAUUUUCAGUUAGUACCCACGCUUUCUCACUUACUAGCAUCUGCAAGUGAAGCCAUAACAAAUGUCUUUGUGAGGUUUCUUCUGCUUGCUGGAGGAUCAAAUGAAAGUAUUUCAGAAGCGUCUGGAACAGCACGGAAUGUUCUCAGAAUUCUGGAUGCUCUAAAAAUUUGUCUUCCUUAUAUGUCAUCAAAAUCCACAUCAAACAUACUGGAGCGUUUCAGGUCUCUCUUGACGCUUAAACAGCGCGUUGUCACUAUACCUAUAACAGAUGGUUUAAAAAACCUGUGUCUCCAUCCGGGUGCAGAAAUAUCUGCUGAAAUACUGCUUGAUCUAUUAUGCUCUCUAGUCAGCUCAGGCUCUCCAGAGGGCUCAUCUGCUGAUAGCAUGACGUCAACGAUUCGCUUGCUAGACAUUGGGAUGAAAAGAGUGUACUCACUAAACAGGCAAAUAUGUGUCGUCAAGCUUCCUCUUGUUUUUAAUGCACUAAAAGAUUUUUUGACUUCGGGACAUGAGGAGGCUUUGGUAGCAGCUUUGACAACAUUCAAGAGCUUACUACAUUCAUGUGUAGAUGAGAACAUGAUUAAACAGGGUGUUGAUCAGAUUACUGCCAGUGCCAAUUCAGUCACCAGGAAAUCUGGCCCAACUGUCAUUGAAAAAAUAUGUGCAACAAUUGAGAGCCUGCUUGAUUAUCAUUAUGAAGCAGUGUGGGAUAUGUCGUUUCAGAUUGUUUCUGCGAUGUUUGAAAAAUUAGGUAAAAAUUCUGUUUACUUUAUGAAGGGAACACUCAAGAGUUUAGCUGAUAUGCAAAAAUUGCCAGAUGGAGACUUUGGUUUCAAGAAAGAGUUGCAUGAGUGUGUGGGAACAGCUCUUGGCGCUAUGGGACCUGAGAACUUUUUGAGUCUUCUACCUCUUAAUUUGGGUGUUCCAGAUCUAUCCGAGAGCAAUCUAUGGCUGUUUCCAAUCCUGAAACAGUAUAUUGUUGGUGCUCGUUUGAGUUUCUUUACCAAUUCAAUCUUACCCAUGGCUGUAGAGAUGAAGCGGAGGUCAGCAAUGCUUGAACAAGAAGGAAAACUACAGUCAGCGAGGAGUGUUGAUGGAAUUGUAUACUCCUUGUGGUCACUACUGCCAUCCUUUUGCAACUAUCCUGUUGACACUGCUGAAAGUUUCAAGGGUCUUGAGGGAGCGUUAUGCACUACUCUCCAAGAAGAACAUGAAUUUCGUGGUAUAAUAUGUUCCAGCAUACAAACUCUUAUUCAGCAGAAUAAGAGAAUUCUGGAAGGGAAGGGGAAUACCGUUGAUACUGAAAUAAGUGUAGCAGAACAACAAGCUGUUGCCUUGUAUUCUGAAGAUAUUGCUAAAUUUAAUUUGAAUGCAUUGAAAUCAUCGGCUCUGUUGCGUGUUCUGGCUGGAGUCUAUUUCAAAUGCUCUAAAGAUACUGCAGGAAUUUUGCAGACUACAAUCCGUGAGCUUGCUUCGGUAUUGGAUAAGGAGGUGGUCUCCUCAUUUUUCAAACAAUCCAUGAUGAAGCUUGUGAAGGUUACCAAGGAAGCCUACAAAUCAAAGAACACAAAGAAUUCAGAUCUCAUGCAGAUAGAUAAUUCAGCAAAUGAUGGUUCACUGUCAGCUGCCAGGGUACAGUUGUUUGAUGUUGCAGUUUCCCUUUUACCUGGAUUAGGUUCCACCGAAAUUGAUAUUUUAUUCGAGGAAAUGAAACGGGCAUUGAAGGAUGUUGAUGGCUUGAUCCAGAAGAAGGCCUAUAGAGUGCUAUCUUUGAUAUUACAGUACUCCGAUGACUUCAUUUCAAGAAAACUCGAAGAAGUUCUCUCUUUGAUGGUUGAAGCGUUGCCCUCUUGUCAUUUUGCUGCAAAACGUCACAGACUUGACUGCUUAUACUUCCUGAUCAUUCACAUUUCUAAGGAAGGAUAUGAACAGAGGAGGCAUGACAUUACUGCUUCUUUCCUUACUGAAAUUAUACUUGCCCUAAAAGAGACUAACAAGAAAACAAGAAAUAGAGCAUAUGAUGUUCUUGUCCAAAUUGGUCAUGCAUGUGGAGAUGAGGAGAAAUCUGGCAAGAAGGAGACCUUGCAACAAUUUUUCACCAUGGUUGCUGGGGGCCUGGCAGGGGAGACCCCUCAUAUGAUCAGUGCUGCUAUGACAGGCUUAGCCCGUUUGGCUUAUGAGUUCUCUGACCUUGUUUCUGCCGCUUAUAAUAUUCUUCCCUCGACAUUUCUUCUCCUGCAAAGAAAAAACAAAGAAAUUACUAAGGCUAAUUUGGGUUUGCUGAAGGUAUUAGUUGCCAAAUCACAAGCUGAAGCCCUGCAUGCUCACCUGCGAGGCAUGGUGGAAGGCAUGCUUAAGUGGCAAGAUAGCGGCAAAAACCAUUUCAAAGCAAAAGUCAAACAGCUUCUUGAAAUGCUUGUAAAGAAAUGUGGUCUGGAUGCUGUCAAGGAAGUCAUGCCUGAAGAGCAUAUGAAGCUGCUAACUAAUAUAAGAAAGCUCAAGGAGCGGAAAGAGAAGAAACAGGUUGAUAAAUCUGCAGAAGAUAGGUCCAUGCUAUCGAAGGCAACUACAACCAGGAUGAGCCAAUGGAAUCAUACAAGAAUCUUUUCUGAUUUUGAGGAUGAAGAAACAAGGAUUAGUGACGGUGGCUUUGGGAACGAAAAGAGUAUUUCUGGUAGGCAGAGCAAGUAUUCCUCAGGACUGCAAUCCAAAGCUACUUUGUUACGAUCCAAGAAAGCACGCAAGGCAGCAAAACAAUUGGAAGAAGACUCAUUUGAUCAAUUAGACGAUGAGCCCCUUGACAUGCUGGAUGGUCAGAAGAUGAGGUCUGCUCUUCGAUCAUCAGCGCCGGUAAAGAUAAAGUCUGAUUCAGAUGAUGAACCGUGCAUAGAUUCUGAAGGCCGCAUGAUUAUUCAUGAGGAAGGCAAGUAUAGUAAAUCGGACAGGAAACAGAAACGAGAGGCAACCUCGGAUGGUGAUGGGGUCGAUGGAAGGAGUCAAGCUGGAAGCCACAAGUCUGCAAGCACGCAGAAAACACAGAAGCGAAGAAAGACAUCAGAUUCUGGGUGGGCAUACACAGGCAAGGAGUAUGCAAGUAAAAAGGCUGGUGGUGAUGUGAAGAGGAAGGACAAGCUCGAACCUUACGCGUAUUGGCCACUUGACCGCAAAAUGGUGAGUCGAAGACCGGAGCACCGGGCAGCCGCCAGAAGUGGUAUGGCAAGGGUAGUGAAGCUAACCAAGAAGAUGGAAGGGAAAAGCGUAUCAAACGCCCUUUCCAUGAAGGGAGCAAUGUUUAAAAAGAGCAAGAAGAAAGGUGGUCUCAAGUAAACAUGAAUAUUUGUGCAUUGUUUUGUAUAACAGAUGAGAGGUUCACAGUUUUGUAGUAUAUUGGAAGUGAAACAUGUAGUGAGGUUUUUGUGGUCUUCUUUGAGGUUUUCUAUUUUUCCUCAUAUAGAAUUAUUGUUGUGUCAUUCAAUUUGAAUGUCAUAUUGAUUGGGGUUAAUGUAUUGUAGUCCGAAGGCAAACAGUUAUUUCUGGUGUUUAGUUUCGACUCUUAUAGCGUCCUUGUACUUAAUUAUCAUGUAAAUUGAAGUGUAUAAUUAGGGCUAUAA